AUGAACACCACCGCCACCGCCAACAUGAGCCAGAAGGACAGCGUUGGCAUGCUGCCAUGGCAGGAGUGCGACAAGCUCAUCUGCAAGCCCGGGACACUGUUCGAGAUUGAGGAGAUUGAGAUCAACGGAACCAAGCAGCGGUCAUGGAAGAACCAAUACCCGUCUUACAGGGCGAUGAUUAUGGAAAAGAUGCCCAAGAACGCGAACAAUGUGCUGUUCAACGCGCCUCGCCCAGACCCCGCACCCAUCGACCAGAGGUUCGAGGUGACACACGGUGAAGUGUACCGCCAGGCGCUCGAGGUCGGCGCGUGGCUGCGCUCGCGUGGUGUCGGGCAUGAGGAUCACGUCGGGAUCGUUGGCUUCAACUGCGUUCCGUGGGCAAUCACUUGGCUCGCGUGCCAGCUUAUUGGCGCCGUUCCCACCAUGGUCAACAGCUCACUUGUGAUGGACUCGAUGAUUCACUGUCUCAAGAUCACACACCCAAAGGUCAUCCUCACCGACGCCGUCAGCGCCAUCGCGCUCGCACCAUACCGCUCCCAGCUCAAGGAGCUCAACUGUGGGCCCGUCGUUUCCUGGCAACCCCUCGACCACCUCAACGGGCCUCGUGACCUUGAGGUUGUCAACUUUGAGAAUCUGAGCGACCCUAAUAUCGUUGCGGACAUUGUGGCUGGUCGCGGGGCCGGCCUCGAGCAACUCGGCCCAGACAGCAAUGCCACAAUCUUCUUCACCUCGGGAACCACCGGUUACCCCAAGGCAGUGCUGGCGACGCAGCGUGCCAACAUGCACAACUUUGUCUCGGCAAUGUUCCCGCCCAUGCGCAUGGCCAUCCGCGCCGGCGCUCCAGUCGACGCGGUGAUCAAGAUGAUCACUGGCCCGGCAGAGAUCCCCACUGUCGCCCUGCUUGCCAUUCCCUUCUUCCACGGCACAGGUUGCGUCGGGUGGUUUGGCAAGGCUAUCAAUGACGGCGCAAAGGUCGUCCUCAUGCGCAAGUGGAGUGUCAAGGACGCUGUCAAGCUCGUCCUCGAUCAAAAGGUCAACCUCAUCGGUGGCGUGCCCUCCAUCGCCGUUGCUAUCAUGCAGAGCAAGGGCCUCCCCGACGGUUACCCCAUGAAGGCAAUUGCUUACGGUGGUGCACCGCCUCCUAGCCGACUCGCUCACGACAUCCGUGACACGUUCCCGACCGCAGCCGCAAGCCACGGAUGGGGCAUGACCGAGACGACGGUCCUGCAUUGCCAGCACGUUGGCAACGACUACUACGCCAAACCAAAGAGCUGUGGCCCACCAGUUCCGAUUUGCGACAUUCGUAUCGUCGACGCGGACGGCCGUCCAGUGGGUCCCAACCAGCCCGGCCAGAUCCAGGCUCGUGGCCCCAACAUCAUGAAGGAAUACUACGGCAACCCCAAGGCGACUGCCGAGUCGCUCGACGCCGACGGGUGGCUCAGCACCGGUGACGGCGGCUACCUCGACGAAGAUGGGGCGCUGUUCAUUGCCGACCGGAUCAAGGACAUGAUCAUCCGUGGUGGAGAGAACAUCUCGUCAGAGGAGGUCGAGAACGCCAUCUACCUCGACGACCGGAUUGCCGAGUGCGCGUCCGUCCCGGUUCCCGACGACUACCUCGGCGAGCUGGUUGCCGUCUCCGUCAGCCUCGUGCAGGGCAAACAGGCGACACCGCAAAGCAUCAUGGCUGCAGUCGAGAGCAGAUUGCGUCGCGAUGCACGCCCCGUUUUCGUUCACGUCUCAGAGGUCGUUCUGCCACGCAACAUCAACGGCAAGCUGGUCAAGGCCGACAUCAAGAAGAUUGUGCAGGAGGCGUACGCCGCGCACAAAUCGCGCGGCAAGCUCUAG